GUUGGUGGGUGUGGCUACGGACAGGUUUGCCACCCGGCGAGGGGUACAAGAAAAGCGAGAAAAAAGGCGUCGGUGAAUUGACAAGACUGCAAAUAUUUGUCAGAGGAUUUCACAGACAGGAUACUUUGGGACACCCUCUAAUUGUUAACUGACGGUUAAACAAUACGUGCUUUACUACUAACUGUCUCAAGUGGGUGACUUUCUGCUUUCUGCCAUUCCUCGGUCCAUUGGUAUUGUACAUAUAAAGAAACAGUGGGGAUAUAAUACAGUCGAUUUUUUUUUUUUUUUUCGAUGGUGUCCAACUUUAAGCAUGAUUAACUACAGCAAAUACAACACUCGCUGUUACAAACGCUGAGAAGCGCUUUGGAGAUAUCGCGUUAUUUUAGUAGUUGUUACGUCACACGCGCCCCGGAAAUGUUUUGGCUCUGAGCAGCGGUACUGUUGAAUUUAGGAAAAUCAAGUAAGACCAAAAAGUACAACAGUGCGUUUUAACAUUAGCCAAAGAUUUAAAAAUCCUCUUAUAGUGUAAUUUGAAGGUCUUUAAAAUAGAAAGCUGUCUCCCUACACAGUACCGGCUCAGGGGCUAUCCUGACCCAGGUUGUUGUUCAGUUGUUUUAACAACCCGGUGUAGUCCAAAGCUAGUUAGCAUGUUUAGCUAUUAAGCCAUGGUGGCUAUCAGCAUUUAGCGACACGAAAAAUUUCGUCCCUGAAUAAAGCAGAGUUAUGUGCUUCCUUAAAAUAAAUUGUCAUAUAUGGCUGCAUAUUAUAUUUUAAGAUUUGCUAAAUUAUUGAAGAAAAGACUGCCCGAGAAACAAGUCUGGACUAAGACCUCACUGGUGGUGUCAGCUCAAGUUGUAUUAAUGACACAACUGACAGACACUGAACCUUUAACAAAGAGACUCAGGGUUGAAACCAAUGCCCCAACUUCCUCUUCGUCUUCUCUCCAAGUCCCAUCUUUAUUUAGUAAGAGCAGAGAUAAUGAGAAACUAGAUGAGGAAAAGAAGCAAAACAACAAAGAGAUGAAGAUGGAUACACAACCAAAGAAUGCAGCGGGUGGUUUGCAACGUCCGAAGACAAAUGUUUCUCAUCAAAGAAUCGACCCCAGACAGCAACAGAAGUACAGAAAUACUCUUGAGCAAUGGUUGAUUAAGCCCAGAAAAAACCCAAAUACAGUUGAAGUGUGCCAAACCCAAGAUGAUGUACAAAUUACAGAUGCCGAUGGCUUUCAGAGCACCUCAGUUCAGUCUCUGGACUGCCAAAAUGCUGAAAAACCUACAGUCCCUGACAUGGAUGAAGAAACCCAACCCUUGACGCCACAAGACCUGGAGGGAGACAAUCCGGUUUCACCAGCUUCCAAGUAUACUGCGGGAAGUGGGAUUAUGCAGACGCUGUACUGCAAUGAUGGCGGAUUAGAAAAACAAGAAAUGGAAACAUGCACAGCAAGCUCAGAGGGCUCUUUCAAACCCAAUACGAAAAUAACAGAUUUCUUUUCAGGGACCUCAUCACCACGUCUGCCUGUGAGACGGGGCAGGCAAGAUAAGUGUCCAGAGAACCGAGAUGCAGACAAGGUAACUGCAUCUGCUGAUGUCAACCCUGAAGUCAAAUGGCUUGGGACGCCAAUCAGUGAGUUUAAGAGAAUGCCUGAAUGCGGCGGACUGCUUCUUCCACUGAAGGAUGUUCCUGGCCAGCACACUGUGAUGAUAAGGACAGACCUCCUUCAGAAUGGUAAAGUUCCUGUUCCAUAUCCUGCUAAGUUUAAGGAUACGUGGGACGAUGUCCAUGUCAAGAUGCCCUGUUCCAGUAGUAACCUGUUUCCUGUAAAAGAUGAGGAAACACGAGAACUGCAGAAUAAGAGUCGGUGGGAGUUGAUCAAGGGAACUUUAAACAAGAAAUUUACAAAUCCACUUGAGCUGAAGAAUGCAGUACUGAAAUACAAUGCCUCGCAUGCCAAGAAAUGGGACUUCACAGCAUUACAUUUGUACUGCACUAAGGUCCUGAAGCCUGAUGCUGCUGAACAUCUGUUUGGCUCCCUGCUGCCAGACAUGGUGCAAUUAGCACUGAGAGCAUCUGAGCUCUGUACCAAGCCGAUACCCCUCCUCAAGAGAGGCAUGAACCACUCCAUCACUAUGUCUCAGGAGCAGGUGGCAUGUCUGCUCGCCAACGCCUUCUUCUGCACCUUCCCGCGACGCAACUCUAGAAGGACUGAGUACUGCAACUACCCAGACAUCAACUUCGUCAGGCUGUUUGAGGGGUUCUCUUCAAAGAAGACUGAGAAGUUGAAAACCCUGAUGUGCUAUUUCAAAAGUGUCAUUGAGCAAAAGCCUACUGGACUUGUAACAUUCACACGAAAAAGUUUGGAUAAACCCUUUAAUUGGAAAAGCUCACAGACUCAGCUCACAAAGCUCCACAUUACUUGUGAAGGAAACGUUGAAGAUGAUGGUUAUGGAAUGCUUCAGGUGGAUUUUGCCAAUCAGUUUGUGGGAGGAGGAGUCACCAGUUCUGGUCUAGUGCAAGAAGAAAUCCGUUUUCUGAUCAACCCUGAGCUUAUUGUUUCUCGUCUCUUCACUGAAGCCUUUGAUCAUAAUGAAUGUUUGAUCAUCACAGGUACACAGCAGUACAGUAAAUACACAGGCUAUGCUCAUACCUACCAAUGGGGUGGAAGCCACCAGGACACAACUCCAAGAGAUGGCUGGCAGAGGAGAUGCACAGAGAUUGUGGCCAUUGAUGCACUACCGCUCAGGAACUUUCUUGAACAGUUUAGCCUCAAGAAAAUCAACCGAGAACUCAACAAGGCCUACUGUGGCUUCGCUCGCCCCGAGGAACAAAGCCAAAACCUUGCGGCAGUGGCAACAGGGAACUGGGGCUGUGGGGUUUUUGGAGGUGACACGCGUCUUAAAGCUCUGCUCCAGAUGCUGGCAGCUGCUGAGGCGGGCCGAGAUGUAGCCUAUUUCACCUUUGGUGACAGCCAGCUCAUGACAGAUGUCCACAACAUGCACUCUUUCCUCACUCAGAGGAACAUUAGUGUCGGGGAGGUGUAUGAUCUCCUGGGGCAGUACUACAGCUCAGUGUGCAAGAGCUGCCUCAGUCGGCGCCCUGACGUCAGCCUCUACUCCUUCAUCUACCAACAGGUCGGCUCCUCCCUGGCGCCCAGUGAGUCCGACAGGCGGUCAGCCAGACGACAUGUCCCCACAGACUGCCUUUAAGGUCAGGUGGCUGAUGAGUCACCGGGACUUAUAUUGGAGAAACGAAACACUUACUGAAUUAAAAUAUGUUCAGUCUGCCUUUAGCUUUAUUUUUUAUCUUAUUUUUUUUUUGUUAGACAAACUUUGAUUUAACAGUACCAAAUGUGGUCUCCAUCACAGGCAGCUAAAAGUGAAAUCUGGCAUGCAAAUCCUUUUCAAAAACAACUGGACUGCAGAAGGUGUUUAGUUAUGACCCUAUCUGUCGCUGCGGUCCGAGCUUUGUUCAUUUUGCCGCAGCUGGUAAUAUGGCAAAGGAUUGAGCUUCAAUGCGAUGCAAUUGUGAUUUUAAUGGUGAGGCAAAGGUUGCCAUCCAUCUUCUGAGUUUGUCAUGUUGCUUUUUUUUACACCCACACAUAUCCAGCCUAAUUGAAUUGGCUGUGAGAAAUCAAGUUAAAGGAAAAGAAUAACAAGAACAGGGUUUGGAAAGCUUGAAUCGGUCUCCGGAAAAACAGUUUGAAUUUAAAAGCAGCCUGGCUCUUUGUGAAGUAAUCUCUUACAUUCUGCAUCUAUUGCAAAAUUUUAUUUACAGUCUUGCUUCCAUGAAUACAUUUUUUUUUGGGUUCUUUGUUGUAUGUGAUAAACAUUCCAAAGAACCCCGUUGCACUUAAAAUAGUACAAGUCAGUCUUUUACUAAUAAUUGUUGAGUAAGUACACUAUAAUGAAAAUUGAGGAAUUUUUCUGACAAGUUUUGUUUUUCAACCACCUUAAUAAAAAUUGAUCAGUUACAAGUUA